CUGUCCUCGACACCUCGGACGGCCCUCUCCUCUCCUCACCCCUCGAUCGAGACAGAGCCUCUCUGUCCCCGCCCCCCGCGAUCCCUCACGCUGGAUUCCUCAACGCUGUCCGCGGGGUCACCGGCCCAGUUCCACGACGCCGUCGACAACAUGGAGCACGACCAGAUCCCCGCCCAACCGCACCCCGACGAUACCCUCGGUGGUCUCGACGACUCUCCCCAGGUCGUCCAGAACAACGGAUACGACUAUGCAGAGAAACAGCGCCAUCAACCAGUCCAGCCUUUCGACCAGGGUCAACAACCACAAUCCCCGCGGGCCGAUGAACACGCCGACCGUUACAACACACCACCGCUUCCCAUGGGCGCCCCUCCCAUUUCAAGACCUGCGUCAGGCCUGUCGGGCAACGGCGCGCAACAAGGCUACGCCGACCAUGCGUCACGAAGCAGCGCCGGCGCCGAGGCUGCAGCAAGCAACGGCCGCAACCACGUCGUUAUCAAGGUCGGCAUGGUUGGAGAUGCGCAAAUCGGCAAGACGAGUUUGAUGGUCAAGUACGUGGAGGGAAGCUGGGACGAGGACUACAUCCAGACACUGGGCGUCAACUUUAUGGAGAAGACCAUUUCCAUCCGGAACACCGAGAUCACCUUUUCCAUUUGGGAUUUGGGAGGACAGCGCGAGUUUGUCAACAUGCUCCCGCUCGUCUGCAACGAUGCGGUCGCAAUUCUCUUCAUGUUCGACCUGACGCGGAAGAGCACCCUCAACAGCAUCAAGGAAUGGUAUCGCCAAGGCAGAGGCUUCAACAAGACGGCCAUUCCGAUUCUGGUGGGCACCAAGUACGACCACUUCGUCAACUUCCCGAGGGAAGACCAAGAAGAGAUCUCCAACCAGGCCCGUCGUUUCGCAAAGGCCAUGCGCGCAGCUUUGAUCUUCUCCAGCACAAGCCAUAGUAUCAAUGUGCAGAAGAUUUUCAAGAUUGUCCUGUCCAAGGCGUUCGACCUGAAGUGCACCAUCCCCGAGAUCGAAAACGUCGGAGAGCCGCUGCUGCUAUACCAAUCUUGCUGA